CCGUCUUUUUCAUCGAGAGGGGGGAAAACUCGCUGCUGUUGUUGCCUCUCCCGGUUCUCCCUCCCUCCUCCGUCUCUUUCUCUCUCCUCAAUUUUGGAGCUCUGUGAAUUUUGUUGUUGAAGAUCUCAAAUUUUUGCUGAUUCAAACCCAAAAAAAAAAAAAAAAAUCCACUUUUUAUUCUCUCGUAAGAUGAUAUGGGAGAAGAUUUGUUAGCAAGCUUGUCAAUGGAGAAUCACCACCCGUCAACAUUGUUGUCAAUGGAUUCAAGUUCAAAAUCUCAUGAGGAGAAGGAGAGAGAGAUCAAUAGACAUAUUGUACUGUCUCGUCCUGGUCCACCUGAUAUUAAUCUUCCCUUAUCGGCGGAGCGUAGCCCUCCUCCUCCUCAGACUUGGAAUCAGGAUGCUUGUGAUAUGUUAGAGGUUGGGUUAGGGACCCAGGUGUAUGAGUCAGAGACUCAUGUGACCGUCCCUAAGAACGGGAAUGGGAACCGGAAGUGUGCUAAGAGGCUUGACAGUGUCUGGGGAGCUUGGUUCUUUUUUAGUUUCUACUUUAAACCUUCGUUGAAUGAGAAAUCGAAGAACAAGAUUGUUAGGGAUGGUAAUGGGGUUUCAGGGUUUGAGAAGUCCGAUCUGCAGCUGGAUUCUUUCUUGGUGCAACAUGAUAUGGAGAACAUGUAUAUGUGGGUUUUUAAGGAAAGGCCGGAUAAUGCAUUGGGGAAGAUGCAAUUGAGAAGCUACAUGAACGGACAUUCACGGCAGGGAGAAAGGCCGUUCCCUUUUAGUGCUGAAAAGGGUUUUGUUCGUUCUCACAAAAUGCAAAGGAAACAUUACCGAGGACUCUCUAACCCUCAAUGCCUUCACGGAAUUGAGAUAGUUAGACAACCAAAUCUUGGUGCUGUUGAUGAGGAAGAGCAGAGGAGGUGGAUAGAACUAACUGGAAGGGACCUCAGUUUUUCUCUUCCAGAAGAAGCUAGUGAGUUUUCCUCAUGGAGGAACCUUCCAAGCACAGAAUUUGAACUGGAGAGGCCACUUCCUGCCUUGAAAAGCACUGCCAAUGGUAACGCAAAGAAAUUGCUCAAUGGCUCUGGCUUGAAUCUGUCUACACAGCCGUCUAACCAUGUGAACGACGUAUUUGAUAUCUCAGCUGUUGGGAGUAAGAAGAGGAAGGAUGUCCCACUCCCUGCUCAUGGAAAUGAUGAAGAUUCAUGUCUACCAGCUAAUACACAUUCUUCUGAUGGAACUCUAGAUGUAGUAGAGGUGCAUCCUAUAGAACCCUUGUGGGCCCCAGAAUUCACCGGGGUUAUGAGAAAUGUUUGCGGCCCUGUCACUUGUGCAAAAUCUAUCUACGAGGAUGACGAUGGGUACAUGAUAAUCAUUAGUCUGCCAUUCACAGAUCUUCAGAAGGUGAAAGUUUCUUGGUGGAAUACAUUAUCUCAUGGUGUAGUCAAGGUCACAUCUACAAGCACAGCUUGCAUGCCCUAUAUUCAGAGGAAUGACAGAACAUUUAAGCUUACAGACCCUUCUCCUGAGCACUGCCCCCCCGGGGACUUCAAAAGAGAAAUUUCUCUACCAUCUCGAAUUCCAGAUGAUGCCAAGUUGGAAGCUUAUUUCGAUAAUUCUGGAACGGUUCUUGAAAUUUCAGUGCCCAAGCCCCGUGUAGGUCCUGAAGAGCACGAGGUUCCAAUUUGCCUUCGCUCCCAUCUUGGUGGGAAUGAUCUCUUGUUGUCUUGACUGAGGCUUAUCUGGACUAAAAGUAAGGGCAGCUCACAUACUUGACAUUAUUACUGGCUUGCUAGUUUCUAGGUUCCAUAUAGGAUUUAGAAAUACCGACUUGCAGUACAUGACGUUUUUGCCUUGUGACGAAAACCAUAGGUCUGAUUUUGUUCUUUUCCAUUUGAAUAGCUUUGAGUAUUGGGUUUGCUCCCGUCCUUCAGAGUCGAGUUCAGAGAUUGAUGGUAAGAUCUUUGCCAUUUUCAUUUUUCCUUCUAUUUGAUGGAUUUCAUGGUUUAGUGGUCAUUGGAUUCGUUAUGUUGUAGAGGGUUCUUGCAGUACACAUAUGAGAGUGUUGAAACUGUAAUAAGAUAUAUAACUAAACAGUGCAACUUCUGAUUGAAGUGUUUACUUGUAGAACCUGGAAAAUGUAUAGAUGUACUUUCUUUCUGAAUAAUGGAUCAAUGUUGCGGAUUUACUCAUUGUUAUCUCUCCAUCUCUGUUAUACUUAUUUAUCACAGCUAAAAUAAGCUAUUUCUGCAGAUCACUCGUAUAGUGCCUCACAGUAUUACCAUAGUAUUGUUGCAGCUAACUCAUUAAGUACUCCUGGGCAACAGACACUCCGCUGUGGUCAGUACAUCAGGUGCGCUGUUCUACCCUCCAAGCAGCAAUUAACUGAUUACCCUCGACACAACAAAGACCGUUCCACCCGCCCAAGCAGUGAUUAACUGAUUACCCUCGGCACAACACAGGCCACAUUCCCUGCCUCUAUUGUAGACGAGGCUGUGAUACAGAAUUGAACUUGUACAGUCAUAGUUGACAAUCUGUAGAUAAUUUUGUUUCAUCUCAAUGACUUCUUUCAUCAUGAUUCAUUCGAUUGUACAAUUAUCUUUAAAAUAUUAAUGAAAAGUCAUACUUUCUAUUGA